UAAUUAUUGUAUACUGAGUUUCAUAACUGCAGUAGUCGCUCUAGGCAGGGCCGCUCUAGGCAGAUGACGAGGUAUUUCAUGAUUUAUUUCUUCUUGUGGUCUUGCUGUCUGACAAUCGCGCUUUGCGUGGGGGUAUCGACACAUCCCAAAGUCCCAUCGCCAAAGGACAAAGGGUACCACGGAGUCAUCGAUAGACUCAGCCAGGCCUGUAUUGGCCUCCUCGGGCCGGAUUAUUUGUUCGCAUUAGCUGGCGGGCAGCUUUUUAAUGCCCGCAGAAGUGUCAAGGUCGGUGUCUUUGACUCACCCAGCCAGAUCUCGAGUCUAGCUUGAAGCAGAAAUUCAAUGCGCGUCCAGAGAUCCUCCAAGGAC